CAUUAAGCCCUUCAAAACACAUUGGAAAAUUCAAGUUAAGAUUGUGCAUUCGUGGACACAAUACACUCAAUUCACCGGGGAAACAGUUGAAAUGGUUCUUGCUGAUACAGCUGGUACUUUGAUUCAUGCUACUGUUAAGAAGCCACAAGUGAGCAAACUGCAAAGGUUCAUAGUUUCUGGAGAAUGGCGUAUUAUCGAGCAUUUUACGCUAACCAAAUCAACAGGAAAGUAUCGAGCCACAAAACAUGGUUUCAAGAUGUCCAUGAUGGAAAAAACUGUGAUAAGUCGCACUCCUGCUGUUUCUGAUGACAUUUAUGUGGAUCUGGCAAACUUUCCAGAUAUUUUGAAUGAAGCAGGAUUGAGUGAAAACAUCUUAAUUGAUGUACUUGGACAGGUAGUUAGUUUCAAUGAAAUGAAAAUUCAUGAUGUUAACAACAAGAUCACAAAGAGACUUGAGUGUGAACUCAGAGACACAAAUGAUGAAAGGCUUAAAUGCACUCUUUGGGGGAGAUUUGCUGAGGCAAUGUAUAAUGCAUGUCAAAAUGCAGGGACUGAGAGAGUGAUUUGCUUGCUUCGGCUUGCAAAGAUCAACUCAUUUAAAGGUGAAAGAGCUGUUUCAAAUUCAUUUGAUAUGUCUCUAUUGGAAAUCAAUGCUACCUACCCUGCUGUUCUUGAGUUUGUGGCCAAUUUACCACCUGAUGUUAUUCCACUGACUGCAUGA